AUGGCGCCCACUUCCGCGAUUCCAACCUUCUACUGGAUUAUGUUCGGUUGCUAUGAGCCAAUGCUCACGACGAUGGGUUUCUUGGGCGCGCUCGCAAACCCGAAGAAAAUUCACGAUCAACAAGCACCAUGGCCCGCUGGCGGACCACCGGGCGAGAUACCGCUAGCGACGCAAGUUACCAUACUGCAGCUCGCCCACGUAACGCUGCUUCUCGGUUUCAUCAAUAUCAUCGUCCUCUCGGCGUGCAGGAAAUAUCUCUCGCCAUAUCCUGCAUUGCAGGAGAAGAUUGUCAGAGCCUUGCUCACCCCCCUUCUCCUGGGAGACUUCCUCCACAUCGGUAUCACGCUGUGGGCACUCGGAGACAACAGAUGGGACAUUGCAGGAUGGGGCGGGAUUCUGUGGGUCACAAUAAUCACGGGCUUUACUUUGAUGGUUCCGAGGAUAACGUGGCACAUGGGAGUCGGUCGCUACGUUGACAGCAGAGACGGGUUAGCGAAGAAGUCAUGA